GGAAAGAUGGACUUCUGUCUUGCAAUUUACCCCCUUCUAUGUAGUCUAAAUGAUUCCCCCCAUGUGCAUGUUAUUCUCCUAACUUAAAGGAAGAAAACCUAAUUAGGUCAGCUUGGUUGCUGUGGAGGAUGGUUGGAAGGGGUCAAGUAUAAAUGUUUUCAGAAAUUCAUCCCUUAAUGAGCCCAAGGAACCUUAUUUUUCCCAUCAAUUCAUGUAUCAGUGGAUGAAUAUUAUUACUGCAGUGAAUCAGUUUUCAACAUCAACUCUAGGCUUAUGUUGCAUUUACAAGUGAUCACAAUGCUGAUAAUCCUUGUUCACAUGAGUAAACGAUUAGAUAAGGAAGGAGUUGGCGUUAGAGCAGGCGCUCCAGCCCUGAGCUCCGUCCAAAGCCCCAAACCCCACAGUGAACACACGUCAGGACAGAGCGCGGUACCGUCGGCUCCACCUUCGGGGGGAGGGGAGGAGCCUGGCAGGUGGGUUGUGGGGGGGUAGAAGGAGCAAGCUUUACACCCGCCUUGGACUUUUGACCGCUCCCACCCCCUCCCAGAGGUUGCGGCCCCCACUCUGGACCUCCCCUCCAGGGCAGCAAUGCUCAUCCCCAGCCGAUCACCAGAAUCUUCUGGACGUUUUCAAAAGAUGCCCUCAGGGCCACCCCUGGCCAGAUAACUAACUGGGCAUUCCGCGUGAGAGGCCCGGCGCGGGUCUUGGUUAAGGGGUCCAUUCCCCGCUGGCGCCCGCGAUUCUGGCUGCCGUGUCGCCAUUGCUCCGACCCGGACACCGAGGCGUCGAGGGGCGGGGCUUGCAUUCCCCAGCAAAGAUCCCUGACCCCUGUCUUUCCCCCCAGUGUACCACUGGGUGGAGAUGCGAGCCAAGAUGCGCCUCAUGGGCUUCCGGGGCACGGUCAUCAAGCCGCUGAACGAGGAGGCAGCCGCCGAGCUGGGCGCCGAGCUGCUCGGCGAGGCCACCGUCUUCAUCGCGGGCGGCGGCUGCCUGGUGCUGGAGUACUGGCGCCACCAGACGCACCAGCGUCACAAGGAAGAGGAGCAGCGCGCCGCCUGGGACGUGAUGCGGGACGAGGUGGGCCGCCUGGCGCUGGCGCUGGAGGCCCUGCAGGCGCAGGUGCAGGCGGCGCCGCCGCGGGGCGCCCUGGAGGAGCUGCAGGCGCAGCUGCAAGAGGUGCGCGCCCAGCUCUGCGCCCCGGACCCGCCGCCCGCGUCCCAGGCAGAGCCCACGCCCGAUGAGUAGGAGGCCGCAGGGCCCUGGUCUCAGACGUGACUGAUGCCUGGGCUGCCAUGUCUGUCCCCACUGUCCCUUCCUAAACCGGCCCAGCUAAUACCCCCAGGUCCCUUUAGAGGCAGAAGGGAUCUUGGACUGGGGCUGAUCCAACCAGGCUUCUGGUCACCUCCCUACUAACCUGCCCAGUGAGGGGUACCUUCCACUGGGACACCCCCAUCCGCCGGUGGAACGUUCCAGCCCGACCCCCCCCCCCCACCGCAUCCACUGGUUUAGCACUUUGGAAUGGAAAAGCAGUGUCUUCCACUGGACCCCGCCCACCCACCAAUAGGAGGGCCAGCAGGGCACAUGGACCAUCUCAUUUUGUCACUCACACCUCCAACUUACCUGAGGAGUGGUCCUUUCCCUGGGACCCUCAUCCAUUACACCAGGACACCUCUUCCCACUUCUUCACUGGUACCGACCAUUGUAGUGAAAAUAUAGAAACCUCUGAUGGACUUCCCCACCCCUUGACCUUCCAUCUACCUCACUCUUUUGGGGGGACAGGGAAUAGGAUGGGUCUUGGUGUGCACUGGCUCCAGUGAGUCACCCUGUGGCUCCUCUAGUCCACCACUGGUGCCUUGACUGGGGUCCUCCCCUCUUUAAGGUGGAUCAUUCCAACAGACCCUCCCUCCACCCUUUCCUCCAUCCAAAUCUCUUCAGAGUACUCAGGGAUUCCCCCUUACUUCUUGCCUUUGAACUGGACACGCAGUGUCCACCCCAGUCCUUCAUGCAAAGGUUUCCUCCAGUGGGACCACCUGCCCCCUCAGCCCUGAAGUUCACCACCUCCAACCAAAUGGAAUAAUUCCACCAGGUAGUGUUAAGUUUUACCUACCUCACCUACCCCCUGCCAACCCAUUGAACCAUUAAAGGCGAUGUGUUAUGAGCUCUGUUAUUUCUGAAUUCUAUUUUUUUUAGACUGUAAAUGUUGUAUAAUUUAAGGAGCUCUGGGGGAAAGUCAUCUUGAGAAUGUGUCUGAGAACCAUGAUGUACAUCUGCAAAAUAGGUGGCAGGCUCACUAAAAUUAGAAGCUGGGAGGGUUCUGGUGGGAAGGGGCCAGUGUCAUCCUUUGAGCCCUUUCCCAGAUGGGGAAACUGAGGCCCAGGGGAAGCAAAGGGUCUUGUCCAAGGGCACACGGUCAAUGAGGGACUGCCCCUGGCUUUCUCUAGGGUGGUGAAGUGGUUGGGGCAGGGUGGGAAGGAGUGAGGAAGCUGCCUGGUGAGGGGCACAGAGAGGAAGGGAGGCAGGAAGGCCGAGAGGGGCCAGAGGCCACCCUAGCUGCAGGAGUCUGAGGGCAGGUUCGGGUGAGAAGGAGGAAGGUGAGGGAAAGGCAGAUUACUGGGGGAGGGAGGGACACGCCCCCAUCCUCGUGAGAGCAGCCCUUCAAAUCACUCCAGAAAUCUUAGCAUUUAUAAAAACUGGCAGAUUUAUUCCACAGGGGCCCAUUUUCAAGAAGCUAAAGGUGAAGGUGGGAGAGGGGAGGUUUCCUCCCCUUUUCCUUUCCCCCUCAUCUUUUUAUCCCCAGGGGGUGAAAAUGGCCUGGACCCCAAAACCUACCGAAAUAAAAAACCAAAAAAACUGAGGUUCCAAAAAGUUACAGCAUCUUAAUUCCUCAUAGAAAAGGGGAAGGAGCCAGAGAGAAGGGAGGUCCCUGGGGUGGGGGGAGGUGCCCCCAGCCUGAUGGGACAACCCCCCUUAAAUAGCUGUCCCAAGUGGGACAAGCCAGGGGCACAGCAUUUAAAAACUCCCCACAUCCCAUUUUAUCAAAACCAAAGAGAAAAAACAUUUCCUCCCCCCCAAACCUAAAUAUAUAUAUAUACUUUUUUUUCUUAAAAAACAAAACUUCAAAGGCAUUAAGCGUUAAAGUGAAUCUAGAACAAGGGAAUGUGAAAUUCCCUCCUUCCUUCCCCCUUACUGUGGGGUUAAUUGGUACAUCCCCAGCAGAGGAACCAGCCCCAAGGGGAUGGCAGAGGGGAAGGACCAAAGGGAGCAAAGGGUGGGGGCCUCUCCAGCCAAUCAGCAGCCAGUAUGGGUGUGGGCAUGGUGCCAGGGAAGCCACACCCCCUUGGAAUUUUCCAAGCGAGAUAGGGAGUGGGGAAGACGCGUUCCUGUGUAGUCUUCAGCCAAUUCCAAGUCAAGUUGAGGCAGGGAAAGCAGGGUGACAGGCGGAGGGCGUGUGCGGAAAGGAGAAACUGGAUCUUCUGGGGCCCUGUGGUCAGGGGGAACCCCGCUUCCUCAGCUCCUGGACAAAGGCUGGAAGGAAACUGGGCAGAGGUCAGGGGCAGAGCUUCUUCCCCCUUCCCUUCCAAAACAGGGCUUUCCAAGGGACAUGGUGCCUCCAAAAUAAAUAAAUGUUUAAAAUAAAAAACA